AUCUGAGGCUCAUCAACCGGCCGCAGCGUUCCCAUUUCUUCCUCCCUGCCCUGCGAUUCCAGAGAUUCAACUUCAACCUGCUCCAGAUGAUGAAGAGGACGAAGAAAUCGAAGUCGUCGAUUUGCUGCCGCCGAUAAUGCCGGAGCCCGCUCCGGCGACUCCGUUGCCUUAUUCCCAUCCCGGAGAUUUAUUGUGGUCGAAAGUUGGUAGCUUUUCGUUCUGGCCCUGCAUGGUCAUCGGAGACCCAAUAAAGAACCAAUACUUCGAAGUGUCGCGGAACCAUAUCGUGUACUACGUCCAGUACUUCGGAAUCGAAGUCAAACAUGGUUGGACCGGGAGUCCGCAUCGAGUAGUUCCUCACUAUGGUCUGGACGCCUUCAGACAUUUCGCCGAAGAAAAAGCCGGUGCGAACAAGAGCUUGCGGAAGUUCUACAACGUGGACAUGAAGCGAUUAAAAGACAUGGAGCUGAAUUGGAUCCAAGCCUUGAAAGAGGUCGACGAGGCCGAGAAGAUUGUACCGAACUCGGUACGGUACCAGGCGCUGAGGUUCGACUUCUAUUCACCACCGAGCAAGAAGAAAAGCGUCAGAAGUUCUUCGGCCGGAGGCGCGUCAACCUCCAGAUCCAGCUCUGGGUCCAAGCCUCGUCUCGUUCCUGUCAAUAACCCUCAGAAGGACACAGGAGCAGCACCUUGUCCAGCCCGCAAGAAAGCGGGAGCGGCCAUGAGGAAAAUCGAUUUUAAUAAUAACAAUAACACUGGAGGGCUUCCCUGACCCUUGUGAGUUGAAUGAUUUUAUACAGAGCUUCACACAAAUCUAUUCAACAAGAACCGGAAGAGAUAGUCGUAUGAGGCUCGGAUCAAGGACUCAAUUAUUGUGUAUGAUUUUCUCUGGAGGGCCCCGACGGAGCGAAUAAGCACGACUUCUAAUAAAUACUGCCGGUGGGUGCUUCCCCGAAUAUCGGGAACAUCUCGA